AUGUUGCCGAGACUCUGUCGCUUUUCUAUAGGGCUCACGGGACGCUCUAUCGUAUUAAAUAGAUCUACGUCUGUUUUUCCCAAACACUUUCAUUCCAAUCCGGUGGUUUUAUCGUUUACCUCCAGUUCUGGCUUUGAAUAUGUGGAAAGCUACAAGAGCUUGAACGAUAAGAUCGAAGCUGUUUUUGGGCAGAAGGACGUUUCUGACGACGACAUAAUAGCAGCUCUUGUUGCCUGUCGUAAUCUAGAGCGAAACUAUCCAGUCAAUCAACAGUUGCACACCAAUUCCAGACUCAUCCAAGAAGCUUCCCAUUCUAUAGAGCUAAUCUUCAAGAACGACACCAAGUUCUCAGCUGAAUUGUUGAAGAAGAUCUUUCUCUUGAAGUUGGCUACUCCGUUGAACUUGAAGAUUAUCAACACUUUCUACGAAAAGAAUCCAGGAGCCAAUACCAUUAUCGAUAAGAGUACUGCACUUGUAGCUUUGAGAAAUGCCUUGGCCAAUGCUGACUUCCUCAAUGCCAUCAAGUUGACCGAUGUGACUGUAGGCCAUCCCAAUUAUAUCGAGCACAACAAUAGGAUCCUCAGGAAGGGUUUUUCACAGUUGGUGGGUACAUCUUUGGUAAUAACGUUCUUGACCAAGUAUGGAGUUAAUGAAAUCAUCGAUAUGGGGGCUUUGAACGAAGGCUGGAAACAUUUGGGAGCCAUUAACUCGUUGAUUUUAACCUAUUUGUUCAACUCCAGUUUCUUCUUGACAAUUGUCAGAGUCGGGCGACAGUUAAUCAGCUCCGGUGGUGACUAUUUGACCUGGCAAAAAGGAACAUUCUAUACCCAUUGGUUCAAACAUGCUGAUGAGAUGUUAUUUUCAGCCAAAAUUGUAGAAGCUGAUCGUCAGUUGAAUGGUGGAGAGUCAAACCCUGAGAUCAUCAACGAGUUAUGUAGAACCAGUGACGAUAUGUUCAAUACCCAACGUACAUUACAGCCCGGAUAUAAUCGUGAAGGUGAAAAGAUCAGAUUGUUGGAAGCCAAAGACAAUAUGGAAGACCUCAAAAUGCAAGCAUAUUGGAUGAGUGGAGGUGAUGGCUUCGAAUGGGUUGAACCAGAUCAGGAUCCUGCCGAUUUGAUCUGGAAACAACAUCUCGAUAGUUUUAAUAAACCUACUCUAGACAAUAAUAGCAAGGCUAAGAACUUGAAAUGGGCUGAAGAGUUGAUUGGGGACAAGUAG